AGCAUACACAAUCAGAAAGUCUCACGCAUUAGAGUGAGUUCAGAUGACUUCCAGUCUCUGUCACCUCUAGACGCGCGUGUUUUGUUUAUCAACCUGUGCGUAAUUUUAAUACAGCCACUUGCAUCUCCAAUCUGGCGAUGCGGCUGUAACGACGUGCCCCUGUAGCUCCUCACGUGCCACUUCUCUGGCUCUUUUCUGUGUGCAUGUUUAAUAAUAAUCAGUUAAUGUGCAUGGUUGAAUGUCAUCGCUUUGCUUCACGGACUACAGUUUCCUGCCGCUGGAUCACGCACUGAACCUGUGGUUAGAAAUGACGCAUCGGGCACAGUAGGGACGCGUCUCGGAGAAGCAGAAAGGUUUCAGACAGAAGGGACCAGCGGAUCUGGACUACACUGGCGUCAUGUCUAACUCAACGAAGAGCAAAAAGGAAAAGGAAAUCAUUACGGAGUAUGAGGGCCAAGUGAAAGAGAUUCGGUCUCAGUUGGUGGAACAGCAGAAAUGUCUGGAGCAGCAGACGGACAUGCGGGUUCAGCUCCUCCAGGACCUGCAGGAUUUCUUCAGGAAGAAAGCCGAGAUCGAGAGCGAAUAUUCGCGCAACCUGGAGAAGCUCGCCGAACGCUUUAUGGCCAAAACCCGCAGCACCAAGGACCACCAACAGUACAAGAAGGACCAGAAUCUGCUGUCUCCAGUGAACUGCUGGUAUCUGCUGCUGAACCAGGUGAGGAGGGAGAGUAAAGACCACGCCACACUGAGCGACCUUUACCUCAACAAUGUCAUCACUCGCUUCACACACGUCAGCGAGGACAACAUGCGUCUGCUCAAGAAGAGCAAAGAGAUCAUUUUCCAGCUGCAAGAAGACCUGAUGAAGAUCCUUAACGAACUCUACACGGUGAUGAAGACCUAUCACAUGUAUCACACCGAGACUCUGAGUGCCGAGAAUAAGCUAAAAGAGGCGGAGAGGCAGGGUGAGCGACAGGGCCGAGGCGGGGAGGCCGUUUUCAGUCUGCGCACUGAAGACCGCCACCAACGGCGCAACGCGGCUCGCAAGAUCCAGAAGAUGAAGGAGAAGCGCCAAGCCAAGUACUCUGAGAACAAACUGAAGGUUAUGAAAGCACGGAACGAGUAUCUGUUGACUCUGGAGGCCACGAACGCAUCCCUGUUUAAAUAUUACAUCCACGACCUGUCGCAUCUGACUGACUGUUGUGAUCUCGGCUAUCACGCGGGCUUGAGUCGGGCUUUGCGGACCUACCUAUCCGCCGAGUACAGUCUGGAAACAUCUCGACAUGAGGGGCUGGAUAUUUUGGAGGGGGCCGUGGAAGGGCUGGACCCCGGUAAUGACCGGCAGCGCUUUAUGGAGACUCACCCGACAUCCUUCACUCCUCCUACACGCUUCUCCUUUCAGCCACACAUGGGAGACCAGGUGAGUCAAAUCACAGCACUGCCGCAGGUGCAGGCCGAACUGCUCCUCCGAUUCCAGCAGCUGCAGUCGCGCCUCUCCACACUGAAGAUCGAAAAUGAGGAGGUGAAAAAGACAUCAGAGGCCACACUCAGCACCAUCCAGGACAUGGUGAACAUGGAGGACUACGACGUUUCUGAGAGUUUUCAGCACAGUCGCUCCACUGAGUCUGUCAAAUCCAGCGUAUCAGACACUUACCUCAGCAAACCCAGCCUGGCCAAGAGACGCGCCAACCAGCAGGAAACAGAGCUCUUCUACUUCACUAAGCUGAAGGAGUAUCUAGAAGGCAGUAAUCUCAUAGCUAAACUCCAAGCCAAACAUGACAUGCUGAAGAGGAGCAUAGCUGAAGGAUACAGAGCAGACAUCAUGACAACCAGCCGUCGACGAAACUCUCACAGCAGAAACCAGGAUUCUGGAAAAGCCAUUCCUCUGAUUGUAGAAAGCUGCAUUCGCUUUAUUAAUCUAUAUGGUCUGCAACACCAGGGUAUUUUCCGGGUUUCAGGGUCACAGGUGGAGGUCAAUGACAUCAAAAACUCUUUUGAGCGAGGUAACGAUCCGCUGACUGAUGAGGAGAAUAAUCAUGACAUUAACUCAGUGGCAGGCGUCCUAAAAAUGUACUUCCGCAACCUGGACAAUCCAAUUUUCCCAAAGGAGAAGUUCAACGAUCUGAUCGCCUGCGUUCGAACUGAGAGUUUGUAUGAGCGUGCCCUCUCCAUCCGCAAGAUCCUCACCACAAUGCCACGGCCAACACUGGUGCUCAUGCGAUACCUGUUUGCAUUCCUCAACCAUUUGUCCCAGUACAGCGACGAGAACAUGAUGGACCCUGGAAACCUGGCCAUUUGCUUUGGGCCCACUUUAAUGCCCACUCCGGACCUCCUGGACCAGGUCUCCUGUCAGGCCCAUGUCAACGAGAUUGUCAAAACCAUCAUCAUUCACCAUGAAACCAUCUUCCCUGACACCAAAGAGCUGGAGGGACCCGUCUAUGAGAAGUGCAUGAGCAACACUGAGUACUGUGAAAGUCCGUACAGUGAACCUGGAGCGUUUGAGGAGGGGGAGCAGGAUGGAGGGACGGAAACACAGACGAGUGAGGAGGAGGGUGAGCCUGUGGAGGCGAUUGCCAAGUUUGACUAUGUGGGCCGUUCGGGACGGGAGCUCACCUUUAAGAAAGGCUCCACUCUGCUGCUCUUCCAGAGGGCAUCUGAAGACUGGUGGGAGGGACGUCACAACGGCACUGAUGGGCUUAUACCUCACCAAUACGUCACGCUGCAGGAGGAUGAGGCCAUGUCAGACACUCUGAGCCAGAAAACAGACAGUGAGGCCAGCACUACUCCUUCAGAUGAAGUGAGCUCCAGACGCUCUCUGACGUCUCCUACUGAACCCAGAAUACCUGAGACCUUCAUCAGCCGACACCGGAAGCGGACUGAAGCCCUCCUACGUCGCGUCCCGGGACGUCUGAGCGAUAAUCACUGCCAUGGAAAUGGACUGGAACGCAGUUCUCCUCCAGUAACGGUGACUGUAACGGGUCAUUUCAGUCCGCGGGAGCUGCUGCGGGGGAACAGCUGUGCGCUGGACAGUCCUGAGCACCACAGACGCACAGGACUCAAUGGUUCCUCCAAUGGGAACAUCACCUCCAGCAUCAGCCGACACGAGUCCCUGCGCAGAGAGCGAGAGAGUCCACCAAUACGCCAAUCUCCUUCCGCUCUGCACUGCGGGAUACCCAUUCAACGCUCUCAGACGCUCAACCCGCACACCAUGGCACAGGACAUCGAGGAGACCAUGAGCCUGGCCCUGAACGAGCUGCGUGAGCUGGAAAGGCAGAAUGGCAAAACCGCAGCUCCUGACCUGGUGCUGGACACCCUGGAGCAGGUGAAAAGCAGCCCAUCCUGCCCGUCUGGCUCCACACCAUCCAGCCUGUCCAGUCCGUCCGACUCCCCAAGCCCCCUAAGCCCCAUCAGCCCGCUUCCUCCUCUCCCCCCACUUCCCGGCCCUUCGUCCCGCCGCACAAAUGAUCUAGUGGCCACCUUCAAACCCAUCGCCUCGCCCCGUAUGGGUGUAACCCUCCGCCCACCAGCUUUACGCCCCAAACCGCCUAUUCUCCCCAAGGCCAACCCUCCGCCUUCCCAGCAGCCCCAAAAUCCAGACAAAUCCGGCACUAUGUAAAAAAACCAAUGGGUCCAACUGAGGGAAACAGGGUUUAAGACUUGAAGACUUGCUUGAAGAACGCAAAACAGGGUGUUAAUCUCUUAAUAAUGACAUGAUUGUACGGCCGAUAGCUAGUUGAGCGGUCUGAUAGCGUUUAGUCUACGAUAUUAUAUCCAUAAAUGUGUUGUCAGGGUGGUGUGCGUGCGUGUGCGUGUGUGCGUAUUCUCAAAGUGAAUAGGACUUUAAUGUGUCUGUGUGUAGAUACUUUUACGAGGAACACAUUCAGAGACCGCGACAUUCAGAGAGACUGCCAGUACAGGAAGUACCAUCGUCUUUUUUUGGGAUACAAUUCGAGUCGGUGCAAUGUGCUUUGAUUUGUUAGGCCUUACUACCACGCGAGGGAUGUAGAGAAUCUUAUAAGUUGCUGCUGCUUUCUUUGAUUCGAGUUACAGGACUAAUGGUGCCUCUUGGGAAAAGGGUAUUUUCACUUGUUUGUUUGGAAAGUUGAGGGGAAUGUAAUAUUUUUAUGAUUUUUUUUGGUUUUUCCAGCCAUGCACCUAGCCUUUCCUAUGAGGAAUGAAGAACACAGAAUGUAUUUCAUGAAUGUUACACUUUUUUUCCCUGUCGUCACUCGAAAAACACCACGCUGAGCCUUGAUCACCAGAUAAACCUCCCCCUUUACCGUGGAAACCAAACCCUGAAGCCUGAUUGGACGACGUGGGAGGGAUGGAACUAUUCUAAGAGCAAACGUGAACUAAGCUUUGAGACAUCGUGGUGAAAACACAAGAGAUUCAUAAAUGGGGAGGGAUAUGACAAAGGUUUGUGGAAAACAUGCAAGGCCACGCCCCUCCCUCAGGUCGUUCCAGUACAAUUUCCACUGCUGCUUCACUGAUGGACAAUAAUGGUGUUUGAUUCUUUAUUAUUUUAUUUUUUUUAAUGUCCCCUGUGCUUCCAGUGUAUGUGUGUUUGUAUGAAAUUGUCAACGGCAGACUCUUUGGAGCACACUAACCAAACAUGGCUCUCUUGUGUGUGAGUGUGUGUAUGUGGGGGGUUUUGCAUGAUGAAGUGCGGUUAAAGUAGUGCAGAGCACUAGCUGAUGGAUAAUUCAUGCUUGUACAAGACAACUUAAGUGUUUGAGUGAGCGCAAGAGAGUUAGAAAGAGUGCUCUGCACUUGUAGACAAGAUAGUAUGUGUGUGUAUGAGUGUGUGUGUGUGUAAAUAUGCAUGAAGGUGAGUUGUUUUAUGACCAAACUGCCUUGGUUCACUUUUUUUUUAUACACUAACAAUUUUUUUUGGACUGCUGCUCUUCUUUUUUUCUACCUGUAUUUUUUUACCUACUGUAUAGGAAGCUUCAUUUCUUACUGGUGCUCUUUCAUAUGACUACAUCUGCUUAUUGUAUCUGAUGCCCACCUUUUGUCCCUUUUUACAUAUAUAGGUAAUCACAACCCCACACACACACUAACACACACACAUACUGCGUUCACAUGAAAGUGCCUUUCAGGAUGCAUGUUGAAUGCAGGAGCCUGGUCUGCCAAGGGUGUGUGCUCCAGUCGCUCUCUGAAGAGUCGUUCCCCAAAUUAAAUAAUAUUAUUAAUGAUAAUAAUAAUAACCCUAGAGCUCUUUCCAGAUAUUUAACAACCCGAACGAAUAUUAAAUAUGUACAUUUAAUCCAUUGUGAUGUCGCACUUUCAUGUAUAGGACUGUAUUGGCAUGUAGCAUUAAAUCAUGUUCCAGUGCAUUUUAAAAUGUGUCGAAAACUGAAUGUCUUUGAAAUAAAGGAAAGUUGAUA